UUGGCAGGAAGCAGCAGCUCCUCGCUGCUCCCUUCCCCGCCUGCGGGAGGAUUUUUCCAGCGCCGAGGGGACCGCGGAGCCCGGGAGGAAGAACUGGAUGCAGCGGGACGGGGCUGAGCUUCCCCCCCAGCACUGAUCGAGGACGGCCCUGCCAGCAGUGCCUGCAUCGGCCUCCGAGGACGGUGAGCGCUGAAAAUGGGAAGAUCCCACGUUUUUCCCUCCAACCACUGCCUGCUGCUGCUGCUCCUCUCCUCGCUGAGCUGCGCCCAGUACGAGCACUGGCCGUACCUGCCCGGCUACCCCGAGCCAGCCCCCCAAGUGUUCCAGCCCUCCCAGAGAGCCCCAAACGUCCCCAAAAUCCAGCUGAGGCUGGCGGGGCAGAAGAGGAAGCACAACGAGGGCAGGGUGGAGGUGUUCUACGGCGGCGAGUGGGGCACCGUGUGCGACGACGACUUCUCCAUCCACGCCGCCCACGUGGUGUGCCGGGAGCUGGGCUACGUGGAGGCCGUGUCCUGGCUGCCCAGCUCCAAGUAUGGCAAAGGAGAAGGGAAAAUUUGGCUGGACAACGUGCACUGCACGGGCAAGGAGAGCAGCCUGGCGGCCUGCGGCUCCAACGGCUGGGGAGUGACCGACUGCAAGCACACCGAGGACGUGGGAGUGGUGUGCAGCGAGAAGAGGAUCCCCGGCUUCAAGUUUGACAACUCCCUGAUUAAUCAAAUUGAGAACAUGAACAUCCAGGUGGAGGACAUCCGGAUCCGCGCCAUCCUGGCCACCUACCGCAAGCGGGUCCCUGUCACCGAGGGCUACGUGGAGGUGAAGGACGAGGGCACCUGGAAGCAGAUCUGCGGCAAGCACUGGACCAUGAAGAAUUCCCGGGUGGUCUGUGGGAUGUUCGGCUUCCCGAGCGAGAGGAAAUACAACACCAACGUCUACAAGAUGUUUGCCAGCAGAAGGAAGCAGCACUACUGGGCGUACUCCAUGGACUGCACUGGGAACGAGGCUCACAUUUCCAGCUGCAAACUGGGAAACCACCUGACGGGGGGCACUGGGAAGAACAGCACGUGUGACAACGGGAUGCCAGCGGUCGUCAGCUGCGUCCCCGGCCGGGCCUUCGCCCCCAGCAGCCACAGCGGCUUCCGAAAGGCCUUCAGGCAGGAGCAACCCCUGGUGAGGCUGAAAGGAGGAGCCAACACCGGGGAAGGCCGGGUGGAGGUGCUGAAAAACGGGGAGUGGGGGACGGUGUGCGACGACAACUGGAACCUGGUGUCGGCCAGCGUGGUGUGCCGGGAGCUGGGCUUCGGCAGCGCCAAGGAGGCCAUCACGGGAGCCAGGCUGGGCCAAGGAAUGGGUCCCAUCCACCUGAAUGAGAUCGACUGCACAGGCUUUGAGAAGUCGGUCACGGACUGCAAGUUCAACACCGAGUCCCAGGGCUGCAACCACGAGGAAGAUGCUGCUGUGAGGUGCAAUGUGCCAGCCAUGGGCUUCCAGAACCAGCUUCGCCUGAGCGGGGGCCGCAACCCCUACGAGGGCCGUGUGGAGGUGCUGGCCGAGCGCAACGGCACCCUGAGGUGGGGCACGGUCUGCAGCCACAACUGGGGCACCGUGGAGGCCAUGGUGGUGUGCCGGCAGCUGGGGCUGGGCUUUGCCAGCCACGCCUUCCAGGAAACGUGGUACUGGCACGGGGACGUCAGCGCUGACGACGUGGUCAUGAGCGGGGUCAGGUGCUCGGGGACGGAGAUGUCCCUGUCCCACUGCCGGCACGACGGAGCCCACGUGUCCUGCCCCAGGGGAGGGGGACGCUUCGGGGCCGGCGUGUCCUGCUCCGAGACCGCCCCUGACCUGGUGCUGAACGCGGAGCUGGUGGAGCAGACGGCCUACCUGGAGGACAGGCCCAUGUUCCUGCUGCAGUGUGCCCUGGAGGAGAACUGCCUGGCCAGCUCUGCCCACAACACCUCGCUGACCUCGGGCUACCGGCGCCUGCUGCGCUUCUCCUCCCAGAUCCACAACAACGGCCAGUCCGACUUCAGGCCCAAGAACGGCCGCCACGCCUGGGUGUGGCACGACUGCCACCGGCACUACCACAGCAUGGAGGUGUUCACCCACUACGACCUCCUGAACCUCAACGGCACCAAGGUGGCCGAGGGACACAAGGCCAGCUUCUGCCUGGAGGACACGGAAUGCGAAGCAGAUGUGCAGAAACAGUACGAAUGUGCCAAUUUUGGGGAGCAGGGGAUCACUGUUGGCUGCUGGGACGUUUAUCGGCACGACAUCGACUGCCAGUGGAUCGACAUCACCGACGUCCCGCCCGGGGAUUACCUCUUCCAGGUCGUGAUCAACCCCAACUACGAGGUGGCAGAGUCGGAUUAUUCCAACAACAUCAUGAAAUGCCGGAGCCGCUACGACGGGCAGCGCAUCUGGAUGUACAACUGCCACAUAGGUGGCUCCUUCAGCGAGGAGACGGAGCAGAAGUUCGACCACUUCAGGGGACUCACAAAUAACAACGUGUCCGCCCGGUAGAAUUCCCACUAAUUUAAGGAAGCCAGGACUCCUGCUCCGGCCCUUCCCGAACCACUGCACCCCCAGGAAAUCGAGCCUCAAUCAAACUCUGAACUUCAGGGGAAUCCUUCCCUGAAGAAGCCUCUCCCUCCCCGGUUUAGGUGCUCAGGCCACCCCUCGGUGCCUCCUGCAAUUCCAGCCCCGCUCCUGGCGGGAGCUUCCAGCUCCCCUCGGCUCCGGCUCUUCACCAUUCCAAGGAUUUCUCCCGCACUUUGCAGCACCACCUUUCCUCACAGGCGAGCACCCCUCGCCUCGGGUUGGGUGCCAGCCACCUAGAAGUGCCUUUUCCCUUCAUUUCCAAGGAUUAUUUGGGAAUUUCCAGCUCUUUUCCACUCUCACCGCCUCCGUUUGUGCUGCUGCUUCCUGCACUCGGCUCCUCCUCAGCACCGACUCCAGCAAGGAAAUACAAGGAAAGGGAACAAAAAGAAGGAAAAAAGGAGCAGCUUUUUGUGAGCAGAACAGCGUAAAGCUGAAUUUAAUAAGUGAAACGCUUGGAUCCAACAGCUCUGGAGGGGAGCAAAGGCAGAACAUGGAAUUUCCCACGGAAUCAGAGCUCCCUGAAGCCACCCCUCAGCACCCAGAACUCGGCAGAUUCCCGGGGAUGAGGCCUCAGGGCUGGGAAUUCCCAUCCCGCAGGGAUCAUCCACCCAACAGAUGCUGUGCCCAUCCAAAAAUCACCUCCCAGCUGGAUAUUCCAUCUUUUCCUAAAGGAUGAAUCAGGCAGGGUGUUGUAGCCUCGUGCACCUUGCAGAGGGAAUUCCUGGCUCUCAUCCCCAGGGAUCUGCUCCUGUGGGAAUUCCCAGUGGUGCUCCCUGCGCUCCUCUGUUUGUUUGAGGAUGCUUUUUUUUUUUGCCACAGAGCUCCAGCCACAGCUCAUCCCAUAAAAACCUUUUCCCUGGGGAAAAAAAAAAAAAAAUCACUUUAGAAGCCUUUGGGGUAUUUCUUCUCACAAUUCCUGGAAGUUUGGGGGUUUCCCCUCUUUUUCCACGUCCUGGAUUUCCGGCUGAUUCCGCAGGGGAUUAAAACUGGCUGCAAACUUCCCCAAAACCCCACCUCACAGGGAUGGUGUGAGGCUUAAAAAUGCAGAAAUAUUUGGAAUAUUUGUUAUUUCUCCAGUGGCCCAGAGGGCAGCUGGAAAAGGGCUUUAACCUCCUGGCAACUGGGAAACUCCAUUUUUCCCUCAGAAUUCCAGACUGGAGCAUAAGCAGAGCCUGGGAUGGGGGUGGAAGCUCACCUUAAACAGGCAAAGUCUGGUUUUCCUUCCCUACCGAGCAGAUCCCCAACUUUCCCCACCACCAGGGCAAGGUCAGGCUCUUUAAACUCCAUAAAUAAGGAGAAAAAUCCCUAAAACUUGCAUUCCCUGCCUGUCAGUUUCCUGGGAUCUCUGAACAGCAACAUUACAACAAACAUGGAACAGAUUUUUUAACUCCUGCCCUUGCUUAAGACUUGAAUUUUGGCCUAAAAACUCCAAUUCCCCUCCUCUUAAUUCCUAUUUUUUUUUUUUUCUGGCAAAACAGAGCAGGAAUAAGGAAUAAAGA